UGUUUCUCUCUGCUUCCACUUCCUCUCCGGUUGAUUGCAAUUGGGGGAGGAAGCCAUGGCACGCGGGAAGCCGCCGUCGGCUGCCUCCGGGAGAUCAGUACCACGGCAACUUCGCGGCGCCGAACGGUCAGCCUACUUUGCCCGCAGAGAGGCGGCGAAGGUCCUCCGGAAAGUCCUCGAGGGAGACUCCCGCCGCCAGGCCGUCGGCUCCAUCAAGUCGCUCGUGUACAGCCCUUCAGUCAGGAACAAGAAGGCGACUUUUGCCCUAGUCUGUCAAACCCUAAAAUAUCUUCCUAUCAUCAAGAAUGUGUUGAAGAGUGCUCAAGUGCUUAAUGGAAAACUGAAGAGACAAUUGGAGUUGGUUUACAUUGUUGCAUAUGAUGUCCUUUUCAGGCAGGCAACGUCAACAGUUGGUGAACCAGAAAAGUUUCUCGUACUUCGCAGAGACGCUUUACAAUCAGCCCUUCAGAAACUUUUAACGAAGAAAAGGGUUAAAUGCGUUGACGAUUUGACAGUGCUGUAUCGAACGCCUGAUAUGCUGAAACCACGUUAUGUUCGAGUAAACACGCUGAAGUUGGAUGUUCAAUCUGCAAUACUUGAAUUAGGGAAGCAUGUCAAAGUUGAAAAGGAUGGCUUGGUUCCGGACCUGCUGAUGCUUCCGCCAAAUACUGACUUGCAUGAUCAUCCGCUUGUCUUGAAUGGAAGUAUCUUUAUGCAAGGCAAGGCAAGUUCCAUGGUUGCAGCAGCCCUUGAUCCUGAGCCUGACUGGGAUGUCCUCGAUGCAUGUUCUGCACCAGGAAACAAGACUGUCCAUCUAGCUGCUCUUAUGAGAGGCAAAGGAAAGAUAAUAGCCUGCGAACUCAAUGAGGAGAGGUUAACCCGGUUAAACCAUACUAUCAGCCUUUCUGGUGCUUCUAACAUCCAAGUUUUGCAUGGAGAUUUCUUGAAGUUGAACCCGCAUGACCCUUUGUAUGUUAGGAUCCGUGCAAUCCUUUUGGAUCCUUCUUGUUCAGGUUCUGGAACAACCGCCAAUAGAUUAGAUCAUCUGCUUCCGUCUUAUAAUGCAAGUGAUACAGUAGACACUGACCGGCUUAAUAAACUCGCCGCUUUUCAAAAGAAGGCUCUUUCACACGCCUUAACAUUCCCAGCAGUUGAAAGAGUGGUUUAUAGCACAUGCUCGAUCCACCAAAUUGAAAACGAAGAUGUUGUGGAGUCGGUGCUUCCUCUCGCCACAUCUCUAGGCUUCCGCCUUUCAACACCCUUCCCCAAAUGGAAUGGACGAGGCCUUCCGGCAUUUGAUGGCUCGGAGAAUCUUCUGAGAACUGAUCCAGUGGAAGACAAAGAGGGUUUCUUCAUUGCCUUAUUCAUCAGGAAAAGCUCCGGAAACAAGCUCCAUUGUCAGGACGGAGCUGGUGACUUUGCAGGCACCCGAAGAACGUCACAUAACGGAAAUACUCAUUCGACCAGGACGAAGGUUGCUUCCUCAACCGGGAGAUAUAUCAGGUUCCCGUAUUUGUUGACCAGAUUGUCUAAAAUGAGCUUGUAUCACUCAAUACAGAGGAAGAGAACCGCAUAGAUGGACUUAAAUAGUUGCAUCCUCUUGUCUUUUCCAUUCGUCGAGAUUUUCCCAACCUUGCAGCGUGCCAAACUUGCAAAUGCAUUCAGUUUUGUCUCCAAACAGAGUUUUGAUUCCCAAAAAGGAAACACUUGCCACAGCAUCGAUAUUUUCUGUCUCAUUGGCCAAUUACAAAAUGUCAUCAUUCUCUUUA